CACUGGGUGACGUCAUUCGAGAGCGACUGUGCUCGGUUUGUGUAUCGGCUGUACGAGUUAACAGCCUCACUCGCUGUGUUUUGGUUUUAUUUCGCCUCCCACGUGCCGGUAACAUGAGCUCUGGAGGCGAUCCUCUGCCUGGAUGAUGCUCCUAACUGUAAAUCAGCUGGAUGUGGUGAGAUGUAGCUCUCAGUCUGCUCCAGGUGUUUUUACACACUGCACAGAUGUGUCCCGUAGUGUUACGACACAUGAAAGUGACAGAAAUGGAUAGAGGCAGGUGCAGGUAGCCACAAAAGUCUGAGGACUUAGCUGAUGUAUCAGUUUGUGACCUGCAGUAAUGACUUGGGUCAUUUGAAAUUUCCACAAACCUCAUAUACAGAUAUUUGAGCUCUAUAGAGCUUAAGAAACAUUAGCUCAUUGUUACCUGAUGCAGUACACUUUAGAAUUGUAAUGUCUGGAGCAGUAGGUUCAGUCAAACCUUGAGCUCAUGUUGAUGGGGUAGCGGCUGUCACCAUCAGAAUUGGCCCUCCAGUCAGUUCUGCUGUAAAUCAGGUCUGACCCAUGACUGAGUACUACGAGGAGGGGGGGCUGCUGUACGAGCAAUCACCUCCCAUGCACAUCAAAGUGGAGUCUCCAGAGGGACCCUUUGGAGGGGGAGCCUCAGAAAAUGGCUUCCCCAGGGAGGAUGAAGACUCGGAGGGCAGCUGUGACCAGAGCAGUGGUAUACCUGGAGGGCUCCCCUUUAAUGUCGUAGUGGUGCAUCCAAACAUCAUGGCACCUGGCAUGUCCUCAGAAGACCUCUUGUCUAUUGAACAGAACAGAGCUAUGUCAGCGGCACUGGCUGCUGGUGGUGUAGGAAAAAGAAAGAGUCGUUUCAGUGGAGCAGAGCUGGAGGUGUUGGUGUCAGAAGUCACUCGGUGUGAAGGAGAGCUCUUUGGUCCUGCAGGGAGGCUCCGGCGGCGGGAGAGAGAGCGCAUCUGGGCAGGAAUCUUAGAGCGAGUCAAUGCUGUGUCCAGAGUCCCACGUACACUGAGAGAGGUGAAGAAACGCUGGGAUGACUUAAAGAGGCGCAAUGGUGGCAGGUUGGCAGAUGCUCGCCAUCGCAGCUGUUACCUGCCCUCCAGCAGAGGGUCUUCAAUGCUUGGGCGUGCUUCCCAGUCAAGCCCCAGGCUUCAACAAGCCAGGCAAAAACAAAGCACUCGACCAAAGCCCAGCUUUCCAUGUUUCCCUGACUCUGAUACAGGUGUGGGAAUCGACGGAUCAGAGAGAGAUGGUUUGGAAAAAGAUGACGAUCGCGAGAGAGACAUGGGAGAGCCUGAGUGUGAACCAGUAGAGAACAGCAUGGAGGACAAAUUGGGAUUAGGACUGGGUCUGGGAAUUGGGCCACCUCCUCCAUCAGAACGAUGGCUGCCUCCUUCACCACUGUACAGCGCUCCUUUCCUCAAUGGGAGCCCUCAGCCUAGCAGUCCUCAGCCAUCACUUGGAGCACAGCAGGGUCCUCUUGAAGCCCCUCCUCGCAGCUCUUGGCUUGAAGAUGAACUGCGAGGAUUGGGAGAAGCAGCAAUCCAACUGGGAAAUAGGGUUGAAAAGAGUCUGCAGGAGUUUGGGGAAGACUUCAGACAGGACAUGAGAACACUUGUUGCUUCACAAGAAGCAUUAACAGUCAGUCUACAACAAAACAAUGUCCUCUUACAAAGGCUGUUAGGAGUGCUUGAGGCCCAGCAACAACCACAGCCACAGCAACAGCAACAUCGUGUACAACAAGCACACCAAUCACAAACAACUCAGCAGCACUUACAGGCUCAGCCAGCUCUGCAGCAGUUACAACAUAUUGAACCACAACAGCAGCAGCAGCAACAAUUGCGGAUUGAAACACCACAGCAGUCACAACAGCACCAAACCCAGCAUUUUAAUAAUCAGUCAGCUUUAGCAGUGGUCCCAGCACCAUCAACCCCUGACAUACGUGGCACUUUUACCUCUGAUCCACCCACAGACACUAAUGGAAGUCUGCAGAAGUCACGGCGAGGAAGAGCUGUUGAUCACAGGCGCAGAAGACGGCGUUGAGGAGAAAAUACUUAAAAACUCUAAGUGCACAUCCUGCAUACUUGGAGUUUUAAAAUGUGACAAGAAUGCUCUUUUUCUACAGACAGUACUUCUGUAAAAAUAAAUGGACUUGGAGUUUUAUUUUCUGCUCCAAUCCAGUGA